GCGACUCCGCAGCGCGUCUCUUCGCCGCUAGUUUAUCCCCCCGCGCGGCCGCCCCUUCAGGCGGCGACUUUAUCGAUCAUUCGCCCCGAGCUUUUUUCACCACUCCGAUAUCGGCGGCUUAUCGGCAGCGCCGGAGCGGAAAAAAGAGCCUUUCGCCGCGGCAUGGAGCUCAUGCCUCGAGUCCGGCCUUUUUUCGCGCGUCUCCAGUCCGUGCUCGUCUUUCGCGCGUCGCGGUGAUCGCCAUGGUGAAUCGUGCGGAAGCUCCUUCGACAGAUCGGACGUGUCUUUAGUGGGUUCCCGAUCGGACGUGUCUUUAGUGGGUUCCUGACUCCCGGUUCUCGAUCAGACGUGCCUAUAGUGGGUUCCCGGUUCCCGAUCGGACGUGUCUCUCGUGGGUUCCUGGUUUCCGGUCGGACGUGUCUUUAGUGGGUUCCUGGUUCCCGGUUCCCGAUCGGACGUGUCUCUAGUGAGUUCCCGGUUCCCGAUCGGACGUGUCUCUAGUGGGUUCCCGGUUCCCGAUCGGACGUGUCUUUAGUGGGUUCCUGAUUCCCGGUUCUCGAUCAGACGUGUCUUUAUUGGGUUCACGGUUCCCGAUCGGACGUGUCUCUAGUGGGUUCCUGGUUCCCGGUUCCGAUCGGACGUGUCUCUAGUGGGUUCCUGGUUCCCGGUUCCGAUCGGACGUGUUUUUAGUGGGUUCCCGGUUCCCGAUCGGCAAUAUGGCUCAACACUACUGCAACUGCGCCCACAGAUACCAGCCGGAGCUUCUAUACUGCAACCUCAAUGUACCCUUCACCGUGUACACCUUAAGCCGGACGGAGAGCGAAUGCUCAGAGCGGGGCGAGGAAGCGGCCCGGCUGACGGGGGGCGAUGGGGACGAGUGCAGCCCCUCGGCGGAGGAGGACAACAUGUCCUACUGCGAGUACCACGACAUCCCGCCGCCCCCGGACGGAGGCUACGGCUGGGUCAUCGUCUUCGCCUCCUUCCUCAGCAACAUGAUCGUCGACGGCAUCGCCUACACCUUCGGCAUCUUCCUCCAGGAGUUCGUCAAGCACUUCGGCGAGAGCCAGGGCAAGACCGCCUGGGUCGGCAGUCUCCUCUCAGGAAUGUACCUCAGCGCCGGUCCGGUGGUAAGUGCCCUGACCAACAAAUUCGGUUGCCGGAAGGUGUGCAUCACAGGAAGUAUCGUCAGUUGCCUCGCUUUCGUUCUCAGUAUCUUCUCGGCUAACGUCAAUCAACUCAUGCUCUCCUACGGGGUUCUCGGAGGUAUCGGUUUCGGGUUGAUAUACCUGCCUGCAGUCGUGUGCGUGGGCUACUACUUCGAAACGAAGCGAUCUCUGGCCACGGGGAUCGCAGUGUGUGGCUCGGGGGUCGGCACUUUCGCUUUCGCCCCCUUCGCUGCGUUUCUCAUAGAACAGUACGGUUGGAAGGGCGCCAACUUGAUAUUGGCCGGCCUCAUCCUCAAUUGUGCCGUUUUCGGUGCAUUAAUGAGGCCUCUAGAAUAUCCAAAAGGUUCAGGAACCAAGCCAUUAUUACAGAGAAUGGCUGAUGAGCGGCGUUUCCAGAUGGAACGAGGUUCAAUAGGUGGCUCCUAUUUCAUAGUCCAACUUCCAGAUGGAAGCAUGGAAAAGCGUCUUAAGAUGCCAAUUAACGUUGACCCCGGAGUUCAUUCCAGCUUUAAUUUGGACCAGUUAGUCGCUGGGUCUCCAAUAACUCCAGUUCCUACAAUGCCAGUUCUGCCUACCAUUUCAGAAGUCAAAGCACCAGAACAAAGUGGCUCAAGUAACAAUUCAAGCAGUGGCAGUGCCAACGAAUUAAAACUAGAUUUAAAAAAAUCCGCAAGUACAAAAAAGAUCGAAGGAGUUGAAGAGGAAGAGGAAAAACAGGGAGAAAAACAAAAUAACAUAGAUAAUAAAGAUAGCAAAGAAAACAAAGAUGCCAAAUCUAGUAAAGAAAAUGUGAAAGUCAAAAGCAAUGAGAAUGUAAACGAGAAGAUAGAAUUGAACGAAAGAACUCAAAAUGGCACUGAGCCUACUAAUAAAGGACUAAUGCCCAGGAAUGCCUCACAACCCUCAUUCACUUCACAUGCUCAAGGUCUUCCUAAAAAUGGCUCGGUCCCAUUUUUUGACCGAAUCCGUAAAACAAGCGCUGGUGAUAGAUAUCGUCCUCCAGUAGCUGCCAUGAAAGUACCGCGUCCCAAUGUUAGCUCAAAUACUGACAUGAGAAAAUCAUUGCACCUUCGUCUUUCCGCUUCGUCCAAUCUAGGAGGAAGUAAAAAUAACAACUGUGAUGAAAUGUGGUCAAAAACAGACAUUGAUAGUGAGAGUGUAUGUUUUGCUGUAUCGAAGCAAAGUCUUCACGCACGUAAAGAGAUGGUGAGACCAUUAUCUCGCAAAGAUAUUUUCUAUUCUGGUAGUGUGAUCAAUUUACCAGAGUAUCAAACGCAGAAAUCACUGACAAGUUAUCGGCAGAGUGUUGUCUCGCUGCCCAGAUAUGGCACCCAAAGAGCCAUGGAUGGUGGAGACGUUGAAAAAGGACCUCCGGAUCUAUGUCCCUGCUUCGCAUUGCCUGAUUCGUUCAAAUCAGUAUUGUCUUCUAUGCUGGAUUUGUCUCUUAUUAAAGAUCCUGUUUUUAUGUUCAUCGGGUUAAGCAACGUUUUUGGAAUGGCCGGACUGUAUGUGCCAUUUGUGUACCUAGUUGAUGCUGCUAAACAGCAGGGAAUAGAAGAUAGCAAAGCCUCGUUUUUGAUCUCCAUCAUCGGAAUUAUCAACACAGUCGGUCGAGUUGGUUGCGGAUUUAUUGCUGACUUUCCCUGGGUGGAUUCUUUGUUGUUGAAUAAUAUAUGUUUAAUAAUAUGCACUCUCUCCGUUGCCGCCGUUCCUAUUUGUUCAACUUACGUGCAUUACAUCAUAAUGUGUGUGUUCUUUGGAUUGGCAGUCUCUGGCUAUAUUUCCUUGACUUCCAUAAUUUUGGUUGAUUUACUUGGGCUGGAUAGAUUAACAAACGCAUUUGGAUUGUUAAUUCUUUUCCGUGGUGCUGCAGCCAUCGUAGGAUCUCCCUUAGCCGGAGCAGUGUUAGAUGCAACUCAUUCGUAUGAUUUACCCUUCUACAUGGCGGCUCUUUUCUUCUUGAUUUCGGCAAUGUUCAGUUUUCUCGCUCCUGCCAUGAAGAGGUGUGUGACAGUGGAAGAGCCAGCUCCAAUCGGGGAUGCCCUAACACCCAUAGAUGAAGAUGAGGAGGAAGAAGAAGAUGAUGAUGAAGAUCAGGAUGAUGAACCGCCAACAAUGGGUGUUAUUCCUGAAAUAGUCGAAACUAAACCGUCCCCUGUCAACCCACCGGAGCGCAAGUCUCCUCUCCAUGAAAUCGAGUCAUGUCUUUGAAUGUGUGUUUAAUCGUACGUCCGUUGCGCUCCUCAUGCUCGACCAAGUGACUUUUGUUAGUUUUCCUUUGUUCUCAUAACUGUCCUAUUGCCGGGAUUAGACUUGGUUUUGCUGUUCUUACCAAAAAUAGAGUGUAUUGAAAUUUCCUAUAAAUAGUUCAUUGUACAUACAUUGCUGCCAACCUUAAUUUUGAUUCAGCAAAAUAACCUAUGUCUUAUUUUGCGUCAUUAAGUUGUAAGUGUUGUUUUUAAUAUUGUCUCAUCAUCAAUUUGCGACAAAUUCUGUAUUGUAAAUAUUUUUCAUGUUUCAAUUUAUUUAAAACAUCAAGGUAAACAUUUUUUUUAAAUCUCUUCUAAACCAUCGAAAGUCGUCCAAUGUUUCCUUUCUAUAUUAAUAAGUGGUACAUCAUGAAUAGAUGAAGCAUUCCAAUUACAGAUUUUCUUUCGAAAAUUGGUGUGGAACUAUGUUUCGGGGGGUUUUGGUACUUCAGGAGUUUUUAAGAGGCCUUUCUUCCCAAAUGUUGGGGUAUGUCCAAAAUUUCAAGGAUUUCCCUGAUAUAAGAUAGAGGAGCAUGUGGAUGAGGUAGGAUCUUGGUGUAAGAAUACUAGUACCAGAAAUAAUUAAAUACCAGAUAAAGUACUUUCUUUUAUCCCAACUUUUGUUAGCUUGAUGUUUUGUGAUAUUUACAUAUUAAUAAGCUGCGAUGCAUAAGCCUAUUUUAAUCGAAACUAUCUACUUCCAUUUUACAUUUCCUAAUAACUACGGUUAUUGUCAAGAAUUCAUUUGCAGUGGGACAGGUAUUAUCUGUUUUCACUCAGUGCUUGUUCCAAUCAAGCUGCAUCUUUUGGUAUUAUUUUAGGUUUUUUAGGAACAGCCUUUUACUUCUUUCUUGAGUUUUUCUGCUUUAAGCUUAACAUAAAUGCUGUGGAUAAAAAGGAAGAACUGGUUUGUCGUUGCUUUAUGACGAAAGUUGAACAAAUGUCACCUCUUUGUAAAUAUUUUUUAUUAUAUACAAUUUUGUUUUUAGGGAAAUUGUGACAUAUUUUAUAUUUUUUUAAUGACUUAAAUUUUUACAUUGUCAGAGGAAAAUAGAUCCGAUCCUUUUUUAUGCAAUAUUUUUCGCUCCCUCUUUUGUUCUUCAUUUUUUUGUUUAUUAUUUAUCCAUUUAUUUCAGUUCAACUUUUUCAAUUUUUUUUCCCAGAAAUGAGAUUCAUUUGUUUUGUAAUAAUGUAUAAUCUUAAAGAAUUAAUUCAAUGCUUGUGUAAAGGUAACUGUCAUUUGAGUUCUCAUUUAUACGUAAAUAAUCAUUAUGAACAUUAAUUUGCUCCCUUUGAAAGUACAACUAGACAAAUCGUAAGUGAUGGAUUUCAAAGCAAUUAAUUUUAAAUAGCAUGAUGCCAUAAUUGUAACCAUGUGUAUAGUCAUUACCAGACCUCUUCUCCGCUUUUUUUAAGGAGAAAAAAAAUGCUUACUUCAAGCUUGAAAUGAAAUCUUUAGAUGAACCAGUUAUAUUAUUCUCUUCCUUUAUUGACAAGAAGCUCCCACUCAAAUCCUUCAAAGAUCUUCAAAUUCUUGUGCAUAUACCUACCUUGUUGUCCAAGUCAUUUCACCUUUCUUGUGAGUUUUCUGGAUGAUUCUGAGUUGGUGAUCUAAUUUACUUAUACGUCAAUAUUUGACGACAGUUCAAAGUUCCUUCUUAAUCACCGUGCUCAGAAUUGGAAGCAUUUCUCUCUUCCUUUCUUCAUUUUUUACCACUUCAACAUUAAGGCCUAAGGUCAAUGCAGUCAAUGUUUUGCUCAGAUUUAUUAAUGGCAAUUCACUGUUUUUGGCACUCUCCGACGAAUUGAAUUUGGUUGAUUUGUUCUCAAACAUGGACACAAUGCACCUUGAAGGUGUUCUUUUUUUGUCUCUUUUUUUGUAGAAAUUUCAAAGCUUGCGUCUAUUUUUGUUACCAAGAAUCAAUCUGAAGAAUACUUUUUUCUCAAAGAACUUAAUUUUACCAAUCUUAUUCAUAUAGUUUCCUGAGCAUUGUUAGGAUUGUUAAACGUUUAAUUUGUAUUUGUAAACUAAAUCAUAGAUUUUACUUUGUAAAUAUUCUAGCAAAAAUUAUCGUAAAACUUGACUGAGAGUAUUUAUGUGGAUCUCUGAUGACAUCUGAAUUUUCUUUGUUUAUGACUAUUCAUUUUCUCCAUGAGUCUAUCAAAAAUCUGCAAAAUUUCUUUUAUCACGCUAUUUUAACACGCAUAUGAGAGUCAUGCUAUGAAAGAAAAUAUUUCAUUCAAAAAGAGAGGCAUCACCAGAUAGUGAGUGAGCCGUGGGAAGAUAGGUUACAUUAAAAAGAGAAUAAAAAAAUAUCUCGUUUGUUUCAAGAAAAUCCAUUCUUAAAUAUAUCAAUAGUGUGCCACACGAAAAAUAGUUUUCAGGUUUUUCCCCAGAUUUCCCUUUUUUUCAUUGUAUCAAGCAUUGAAAACGUAUAAUAUCAUCGGAAGGAAACUUAGCUUUUUGAACACUUUUUUUUCUUUUAUUUCUUUUCCACACUCUUUCACUUUCCGGAGUACAUUUCCCGGUUUUUCGUGAGGAAAUUCAAUUGGAAGUCAUUCAGUUUAAAUUUGUCUCAAAAUCAUUGUCGUGGUGCAAAUCCCAUUGAAUUAGAACCAAACAAAUAACAUGCUCUGAUUUGUUACUUAAGCGGCUGAAGUACUCAGUAUUUAAAAGUUUCUAGUUUUAAGGUUAUGUACUUUGAUUGAUUCUGCAUGGUGCCUUUAGAAGAAUAAUUCUCAGAUGAAGUAUCUUUCUUUGAAAGUAUGCACAUUUUUGGGUUAAAUCCAGACAAUUUCUGAAGUUUGAUUUAUUUAAAAAAUUUGCAGUAUAAGUCGGUGGUGAAACUGCAAAAACCUGUAUCUUGGUUUACAGGGCAGCAAACGCUCUGUCAUGAUUUAUUUUUUGAAUGGGAAAAUAUGCACCAUCAUUUCGUAAACUUCCCUGAUUUUUCUUCUCUGUGCGACAAAUGUACCCCGAAAAUUUCAGGCCGUAGUAUUUGUUCGUUUCCCUCUAAUGAAAUGAAAAAUGAAAGGUGAGAUUUUGAAACCUUACAAACCAUUUAUGCGUUUUUGCAAUUUCUCUAUGAAGUAUAAAUGUCGUACAGCCGUGGUCCUCUCUCCUUGAUAACUGUAUGAAAAUCCAGCAUUUGCUGAUUUUCAGUUUUUUUGUUGGAAUUUUAAGGUUUUAUCGGAAACUGUUGUCGCAGUAGUAAUACAUGAAAAGCAAAACUUGUCAACCAUCAGCUUCAUACCCUCAGUUUGCAGCAAUCCUUAAAAAAAGAUGAGACCAUAAUCUAAUCGAACCGAUAAAUUUGUCACCCUCUACAUUUCUAGAGGGAGUAUUUUCACAGAUUGGCAGGUAUAAAUUACUGAGUAUAUUGACAGUCAAGUAGACCUCUCAGUAAUUUUGUAAUAGCUGCCGUUGCAUUUCAGUGAUGAGGAAAUUCUUAAGACGUCCAUUCUGUCUGUAUUAUUCCGUGUGCUAUUGCAUUAUGUACUAUAAUUUUUCAUUAAAGUGUUUCUGGUAGUAAGUCCAAGACUUGGUGUACAGCUCAAAAUCAGUUCAUCAGUUGUAAGCCUGUUAUAUAGCAUCAACAUUUUUACUUUUCCUCCAAACUAACAACCUUCGCAUUGAUGAAAAAUUCUAUAAGAUGCAAGUCAAAGUUACCUAAUUUGCUCUUCAACCAUGCAAUGCAUUUUAGACGCACGCUCUGUCCAUUGAGAUUAGUCAAAUUAUUGAUAAAUAUUGUUUAUAGGCUGUAAUUUACUUUUAGUUUUCAAAUUUUUGUCCUCGCUUGUCAAUUCUUUAUGGUUCAUCAUUUUUUGGCUUGCCGUAACAUAAGAAAUUACAGGUUGAAAAAAUAACGCCCAGUAUGGCUGUAAUGCUGGAAACUAUGGAAGGUAAUGGAGUAAUGGAGUUCCUUUCUAUCAAUCUUAUCUGAAGUUAAGGAUUACGGUCGGCCAGUUUUGAUGUUGAGAGCUCAGCAGGUUAAGAGGAACAGAGAGAGGCAAGGUUAUCCAUUAUCACCUAUUAUGGUUUCCAUAGUAUCUCAGUUAAAUAGCUUAGCUGUGCGUCAUUAAUUACUCAUGGUUCAAUAACAAGUCUUACCUAAUGUGCAUUUUCCAUGUGUUCACUAGCGCUAAAACGUUUCAUAAUUAUCGGAUUUUUAGUGACCCCUGUCAGCUGGUUCCUCAAACACUUGUUAAACAUCUGCAUAUUAUAUCUGACACCCAAAAUAAAACAAAUUAAGCUACCUACAAACAGAAAGAAUGUUGUCAACAUUUUUAGCAUGAUGAGAAAAAAGUUGUCCGGGAUUGAGCUCUCAAAGAAGUACGCAAUUAUUAUUUUAUGUGCAUCUUCUAAUUACAGGCUAGUUUGUUUUUAAGUUAAUAUUGUGUACCUGAAUGAAUUGGUUGGGCUUCUAAAAUUAGUGCAAGAUUUUACGUUUUACAUGCUCUGGUCAUUUGGAAUCCCCCAAUUCUUUAGAUCUUAUCAACUACCCUGAACUUUAGAGUGUGCAAUUUUUUGCAGUGAAGAAUUCUCAUUAUAGCUGAAUUGUAACCGUUAAGUACAUUAAUGUCAAGUCAUACCCAUAUUGCUGUAUGUAUAGUAAAGCACUUCAUGAGGUUUUUAUUUGUCAAUUGACUGCCUUCCACAAUGGGAUUUUGAAAAGAUAAAAUAAAGUGGAAGGCCUUUCAAUAGACUCGGUGCAAGUUUGGCAGCAAUUUUCUCUUAAUAUCCGCAUGACUUUGCAUCAUUAAUAUCCCAAACAAUAUAUUUGAAAUUGCAACUUGUCCUAAUGACAGUGCUAAGUAUCAACUAUUUUUCCUUUCGGUAUUCAAACCAUUUCCGAUGUAUGAUCUAUGUUUGGCUGAACAGGUAAGCUUGAACCUCUGAGUGGCACAUUUACAAAAUCAAAUGUGAGAAGUUAAAAGUGAGGAAAUUAUAAGUGAUGUCCAGAUUCAUUCGUACUUGUGAUUGACACAACCUACUAUGGGUUUUAUUUUUGUUUCAAAAUUCAUUACGACUUGAAUCACUCUCCUUGUAAAAUGCUUGUAAAUAAAUCAAAUUUUAUUUUAAUAUUA